GCUGCUUUUUCUCCCCCUGCUGUUCGUUGUCUUCUGGGCCGUGGCUGUUCUUGUGAUCCGCCAGGAAAAAAAGAAGUGCUUCUACUUGUCCCCCGUGUGUCCGAGAUCGUGUUCCUCGAUCUCCAGUUCGUAUUCUUGUUCUCCAGAUAGUGAUCGCCUUCGCCCUCGUUCUUGCAUUCGUCGUGGCCCUCGUCGACGUUGUGUUUGUCGCCAUUGAAACCAGUCCCAGCCCCAAACUACACACACAUCAGUCUGAAGGCUAGAGUCUGGCCAGACUCGCGAGAGAGCCUGCUUUUCCAAUCCGAAGAAAUCCCCACCAUCCGUUGCGGGUUGGAUUCUGUGUGAACGCCGUUGGACCCGGUGGAUCCCGAUACAGACAACACUGCGAUCCAUGGCCUUGUGGGUGAUUUGAGAAGCCCGGGCUUCACGUUGCUCAGGGGUUAGGCCCCCCUUUCCCUUCUCCCCUCACCCCCCUCGCCCCGCCUAUUUCUUUUAACUCGCCCCUUCCCCGUGGCAUCUCGAGCCUGAGCCCACGGCCUGCGCAUGAUGCCGAUUCGUGGGUUGAAACUACCCCUUUCUCAUUGCCAGUGACGGGAUCGCCCCACGAGGACCGGAUCGAGGAUCAGCCUCCAUCGCCUGAGCUAGAGAGGGUGUGGUGGCGGAUCGAUUGAUCAAAGAGCGGUACCAGCCGUAGAAUUAGCGUUGGAUUGUGGCUCGCCCGUUCAGCACCAUGCAGCAGCAACCGCCUUAUAACUACGGGCCGCAACAUGGACCCAAUAACGGCGGUAACCCGGGCGGUCAACCGCGUGGCCCCGCUCACCGUAGUCCCUUUCCUCACAAUCCCGCGGGUGGCAAUGGGAUGGGUCAAGGGGCACACAACGCGCUCCGCAUGCCCGCCCCCAACAAUUCCAUGACCAUGACCCAGGGUCAGGCCGGUUCGAUGCCCUUCUCCAUGUUCCCACAAUCGCCCCGACCCAUGUUUCCCUUCCUUAUUCAAGGCAAUGUGAAUGGGAUGGGUCACAAUCAAAGAAUCGUUCAGAGCGAACAUUACGGAGGCCCAAUGACACAGUACAUGCCGGGACCUGGCAUGUAUCCGCCUCAUCAACCCCAAUUCACGAUCCCCCCGCCCGCGCACACUAACAAUCAAAUGCAUCCCCAGUCCCGCCCCCACGUGGCCAACCCCGGGGUGCCGACCGGCCUGCCCACGCAUUCAAGCGCACCUGCAUCGAUAUCCAUGCAACAGCAGCUGCAGGCUCAUCACCUCAAUUCGGUGGCCAUAGCCAACGCGUCCGUCGGGAGUGGGGUGGUUGUGUCCCCGGCCAUGGCCGGUCCGCAUCAACUGACCAAUAUCCCUGGCGGCAACCAUCAGCCUCAGCCUCUGCCACCUCAGUCGGGGUCUAUGAACUUCAUGGGCGGGCCAAACCCCUCGCCCCCUGUGGCUGUGGCGCCCGCUGUGCGGGAAAGGAAAGUUCUGGCCAUUGUCAAUCCUGAUACGGGCAAACCUGUGGACCUCAAUGACUCGACGCCCUCCGAUCAGGCUGAAGACUUGGCCGUCUCCCCCGCAUUGUCAACCGACAAAACUGAAACGGCUUCCAAUGGUACAGAUUCACACUCCCGUCAGGCAGUCAAACCAGCCAUCCUCACGCCUUCAAAUGCCUCCGAAACCGUGUCUAGUUCCCGACCUAUCGCAAUCACGGCUCCCAAAGACGAGCCCGCCCCCAAAGUCGAAAAAUCGGCGGUUGGGAGCCAUCAGCCCGAAAUUCAUUCUGAAUCAUCCCCCAAUCCCAGUGGAGUGUCGAAAUCCUCGCCCAAGAAAUCGUCGGAUUUGUCUGGGCCGGAAUCAAAAUCCGCGAAACCCAACGUCCCUGAGUCGAUAUCUUCCACCGUACCCCAUCCGUCUUCUGCGCCCAAGGAGACACUCCCUGAUAUGUCAAUCUCGCCAACUUCGGAAGGUAACAAGGCGUCUAAAACCAAAAAGAAGGGUCCAGCUCGAAAGGCUGAACUCAAUCGGAAAGGCGAUCAAAAAGAUGGCGGAAGUGACAUGGAUGCCUUCAAAGAUUUGGAAAAAGACGGAGGUGGCAAACCCACGGUUGAUUCCACCCUUAAUCACGAGGCUACCCCUCCUCCAGUUGUUCUUCCUGCACCAGCAGCAACAACAUCAACCACAGUCACAGCCACCACCACAGCAACUGCUUCCCCCUCAUCCCUCCCUCCUCUUUCCUCGUCAAUUGUCCCAAAGGUUGAGAUUGAGGAGCCGAAAAUCUCAGUCACGUCUGCUGGUCCAAAUCGAGCCACAACAUCACAGCCCUUACCUUCAGAAAAGGUUGCGUUGACAGACAACAACAACGUUUCCGCGCCCAAACAUUCCAAUUCUAUACCAGAAGUGAUCACUUCCGAGCCGGAAAAAGAGAGCAAAGCACACUCGACAAUGUUGCCUCCAGCAACCCCCAAUUCUGCAUCCUCCAGAAGAUCGCAAGACGAUAGUGACAUCCCGUCAGUGUCAGAGGAUAACAAUGUCUCUUCCAACAGCUUAGAUCCCGCAAUAACGAACAUGUUGCCGAAGACCAGUAGCUCAAUGAGCAAACUCAAAUACGAAUAUAAACCAGACCAAUGGUCGCCCUUGAACCCGACUGGAUCCAAACAAUACGAUCGAGAAUUCUUGAUGAUGCUCCAAAAUGACCCAUUGUCGAAACAAAAGCCUCAAAAGCUUCCCGACAUGGACAUUGUCAAAGAUACUUCUAUCAACAUGUCGGUCAGGAAAUUUGCCGAUAACCGCAACCAAGAUUGGACACCAGGCUAUGUUCAGGCAACAAGCUCACGGGGUCCCAUGGGAGGAAUUUCCAAGAAGGGUUCCCAAAAUGGUGGCAAGAGACCCGAUCCGGGCAAAAAGAUCAUCUCUGGGCUGAGUAUUCAAGAGAAGGUUGAGCUUCACGUGGCGGAAAAUGCGUGGAAGCCCGACAAGUUGAGGGGCAACAAAGCUGACAGUGACAAACCAGCACCUGACUCGAUCGAGGAGCUUUCCAAGAGAGCGCGAGGUAUUCUGAACAAGCUCACGCCACAGAAAUUCGAGACCUUGGUCGAGAAAUUCAAUUCCUUGCCGAUCGACACGGAGGAGAAAUUGAACCUCUGUAUGGAAUUGGUUUAUGAAAAGGCUGUGGACGAACCAGGAUUUUCAGUGGCUUACGCCAAAAUGUGCGAAGUCCUCGCCGGGAAACAAGUGAUGCCCAUGAACGGCAAAUCUCCUAUCGCAUUUAGAAAUGUUUUGCUACUUCGUUGUCAAAAAGAGUUCAUGAACGACUACAUGGACAAGGAAGAGAAGGAAGAAUUUCAGAAACAGUAUGAUGCCGCCGAUUCAGAGGAGAAACGGAAAGAGCUCAAGGCCGAGUUCGAGGAGAAAGAGCUCAAAGCUCGAAGACGAUCCUUGGGUAACAUCCGUUUCAUUGGUGAGCUCUACAAGUUAGACAUGCUGAAGUUCAAAAUCAUGCACCAGUGCAUUCGCAACCUAUUGGCCAACAAAACCGACGAAGAGUCCUUGGAAUGUCUUUGCCGGCUCCUAUCGACAGUAGGGAAUAACCUGGAUGACGAAACCACCAAGACACUCGCCAAGGGCCCAAAUCCUGAAAUCAAACACUUCGAUACUUAUUUCGAAGACAUCAGAAAGAUCAUCGGCAGCAAGCAGAUCACCAGUAGAGUGCGAUUCAUGCUUCAAGACUUGCUAGAUUUGCGCCAGAGCAAGUGGAAACCUCGACGAGAAGCCGCUGGACCGAAGACCAUCGAUGAAAUUCACCAAGACGCCGAGCGCGAGAAGAAGUUGGAGAACCUGAUGAGUAAGAAUGCUGGCGGAGGCGGGGGUAGAGAUGAUCGGGGCUGGAGUGGGCGUGACGGGCGGGAUUCCCAACGCGAUUCCGGCCGCGGUUCGUUUGCUCACAACGACAACUCGCGGAAAAGGAACCCGCGUGCUUCUGCUCAAGGCAGCGAUGAGGGUUGGAACACAAUUCAGCCCAAAUUCAAACCCGAUAUGUUUAAUGUCGACUUUGUCAAAAACGUGAAGAAAGUGGACGCCACUACUUUACAUCUGGGAGGGCCCUCCCGUGUGGGAGCUUCCUGGAGCCAGGGGAGCUUGGGAAGUCGAACCCCGCGUGCGAACAUGCCCAGUCCAGGUGGAAAUCGCUUCGCCGCCAUCGCCUCCUUGGGAACUUCCGAUAGUGGCGGGGCUCCACGUGACGAUGGCGGAUCUUCGAGGACCAGCCAGUCGCGUUUUGGCCCAAGAGAUUCCUCCCCGGGUUCGAACUCUAUUGAUAGAACGGAGGCUGUGAAGAAUGUCCAGAUGAAGCGUAACGGUCCGCCGGUCAGCAGUGCCUCAGAUUCGAGCGCAGACAAACAGAGCAAGAUCCUCAAAGGUGACCCGAAGAUCGACAUCCAGAUUUUCAAGCCUAUCAUCGACGAGUACUUGGGUACGAAUGACAUGAAGGAAGUCUUGCGGGAAAUCGGUGAGAAGUUCCAUCCCAGCAACAUCGCCGAAUUUGUGAGUUGCGUGGUGGAAUACGGCCUCGAGCGGUCAGAUGGGACCCGGACACGCCUUGGCUCCCUCUUCGAUGUCCUAGUCAAACAGCACUACUUGACAGAGUCACAGUUCCUGAAAGGCUGGUGUAAUGUGCUUGGUGCGGUUCCUGACCUUAUGGUGGACAUUCCUAAAGUCUGGGAUUACUUGGCCUUAAUCUUGGCUCCUAUGGUGAGGAAUGGGACACUUUCCCUUUCAUUUUUACUCGAUUCUGUGAAUUACUCCAAACCAGAGUGGAAGGAAGCUCCCAAAGAUUUCCCCGGACUGUAUGCGGCUGCCGCUCUACACGCUCUGGCAUUGAACGACGGCCACAAGUUUGUGGGCGGAAUGUGGAGAAAGGCCGGACUUCAGUGGUCGCAAUUUAUCCCGGAAGCCGACGUCGAUGACUUCAUAGCCACUCAUAAAUUGGGCUUCUCAGUGAAUGAUCUGACUGUUGCCGCCAAUGGACCCAUCACGCAACUCUCGGCUGAUCAGAAGAGGACUGAAUUGCUCAAACGGUUGCAGAACCCAGAUCCCAAACACAAGGAUGUCAUUUACGACUGGAUCGAUGUGACAUGGGGAAAUCAAGUCUCUGAUACUAAUUUCAUUCGACUGCUAACGACUUCGGUGAUUGAGAGCUCCCUUUCAUCCGAGGAAACGAAGAAAUUGGACGAAAACAAAGUGGGAAAUCUGGGACCCAUUAUUAAACGCUAUCUGGAUGGCGAUGUGAAAAAAGAGAUUCAAGCUAUUUUUGCUCUUCAACACCUCAUGGAUCAAUGGGAGCAUCCUAGGCAAAUGUUAUACACUUUGUUCGAAAAGUUCUAUGAUCAAAACGUGCUUUCCCUCGAGGCCUUCUUGUCGUGGAAAAACAACGAGGACAUUAAUGAGCAGGCCGGUAAAGGUGUGGCCAUUAAAUCCACCACCGGUUUCUUCACGUGGCUGAAAGAGAACGAAGACGAGGACGACGAUGAGGAUGAAGACGACGAAGAUGAGGAAGAGGACGAAAUUGCCAAGAACAAGCCGUGAAGCUGAAAUAAUAGUCUGAUCAAGCUUCAUUCAGCUCGUCUGGGAAUCAGUCGUGCCCGGGGUCAUUCAUCAAUCCGCAUGGUUGAGCAUUAUUUGAAGCUCGUGAAAGAGGGGUUGUUGUUAUUAUUAUACUUGGCAAAAUUGAAUGGUUCACUAGCAGCAGUCAGUCGUCAGGCCAUUAAACAGUUAUGAACUCAACCGCAAAUCAAAGCUCGAACGGACGUCGUCGUCAUCGUCCAGUCCUUCAUGGAUCGUUCUUUUAACUGUUAAGUUAAUAUGCAUGUCUCGGAAGUGGUUGCAUCCUAACCGCUGACUUGCCCUUUUUAGAAAGUGAACAUUCAAGUCAAUGAAUGCCUAAAAACGCCUAACAAUGCCUAACGGCUGGCGUUUUGUUUUUCAAUGCUUCUGAUGACCAAUUCUGCGAAUUCCCUCGUUCAUGAUGCCCCGAUUUCCCCAGUCUCGCUCCGCCUCGCCUCGACCUUUCUCCUCUUUCAAAUCACUCCUCGUCCCAUCAUCUCACCAUCAUUGAGACAGAGACAGACUCUUUCAUUCCCUCACUAAGCAUUGAAACAAGUCAUGAAGUGACGUUUGCGGCUGCCGCUCUCCUCCUUAAUUGUGAUCAUCAACGUGUCCAGAGACGAUUAGAUUAUUCAAUGAUGUACUACUCAUUCAGAGCAAAGUGAUAUUUUUGUACACGUGCCGCUAGAAUCGAGUAUUUUGCUAGUGUCGAUUGAUUCCUCUAAAGACAAAUGUCAACUCAACUCAAAUCCAAGUGGAUCAGUGAAUCGCCACCAAUUUUGGCACACAGAGGCAUGUGAGUGACUGGGUGUCGUAUUUCAACCAGCCGACCAAUGCGCGACUUCUUAAUAACCAUUCGUUGAUCCUGCCAUUGGUGAAGGAUAGAUGGGCGUGGUUAUCCUCGUCGAAACUGCAAACUUUAUACCACCGGAUUCGGAUUCGGCCCUCUUACGAAGAAGUCUUCAUCCCUCAGGAUUGUUAAAAAAAAUCAUGGAUCACGUUAGUUAAUUGUAAUUUUGUGUUUGUUUUCACUCUUGAAAUUUCGACGCGGCCUUUACCAUGUUUUCCCACCCUUUUUUCUCUGUUGUAUAUACAUAUAUAUUAUCAUAUACGAUUAUUAUUACUAUGAUUAUUGUUA